UCAUGGCGUGACUUUCGCGAGAAGGCGUCAGCCACUUCUCCACCCCCUGCCCUUGGUCCUGUGGCGCGUCCGUGCGGGGUUUGGGCCGCCCGUCAAUCACAGUCGCUCCCGAGGCACCGCCCCAAGCCCUGCUCCCGCCCCCCUUCGUCACUUCCUCCCUAGCCCCUGUGCCGUCGAUAAGGAAACCCGGACGCCCUUCCGGCUUUCCUUUUUUGAGGCGGCCGGGAAGAUGGCGGACAUUCAGACUGAGCGCGCCUACCAAAAGCAGCCAACCAUCUUUCAAAAUAAGAAGAGGGUCCUGCUUGGAGAAACUGGCAAGGAGAAGCUCCCGCGAUACUACAAAAAUAUCGGUCUGGGCUUCAAGACGCCCAAGGAGGCCAUUGAGGGCACCUACAUUGACAAGAAAUGCCCCUUUACUGGUAAUGUCUCCAUCCGAGGGCGGAUUCUUUCUGGUGUGGUGACCAAGAUGAAGAUGCAGAGGACCAUUGUCAUCCGCCGAGACUACCUCCACUACAUCCGAAAGUACAACCGCUUUGAGAAGCGCCACAAGAACAUGUCUGUGCACCUGUCCCCCUGCUUCAGGGAUGUCCAGAUCGGCGACAUCGUCACGGUGGGUGAGUGCCGGCCCUUGAGCAAGACUGUGCGUUUCAACGUGCUCAAAGUCACAAAGGCUGCUGGCACCAAGAAACAGUUCCAGAAGUUCUGAGACGAGACAUCUGUCCACACCCCUGAAGAAAAUAAAGUUACUUUCCCAGCCAGGGGCCUGGC